CUUUGGAAAGUUGCUGAAGUGGCCGCGGCGGCGCGCGAGGAGCUGUCCAGCGUGCUGAUCAUUCGCGGGCGAGACGAGGAGCGAGCUCGCGGUGCUGAAUCGACACAAGCGCGCGCGCUGCUUGUUGAAAGACAACGCACGCUCUCCCUGUGUGUGUGUGUGUGUGUCUCAGCGCUGAAUCGCACACAAUCCGCUGCGAUUCAACCUCUUUCUCCUGGAUCCUGAUUCCGCGUCGCUUCGCGGUCUCUUCAGGACGUUCUGCUUUUGCUUUUUGUUUGUGUGUCUCUUUUUGUCCCCUCGGGAGGACAUUACACGACGAGGAUCAAAGGAUGCGCUUCAGUCCAGCGGUCAUGUCCGGGAGAAGUGCUGAGCGGUCCCCUGCGCUCAUCAUCAUCAUCUUCAUCAUCAUCAUCAUCGCCGCUUCUCUGGCGAGCGCGCGAGGCCAAGAUGAUGGAGUUGGACCCAGCGAUGAAGGAGGAGCACCAAAAAGGAACAUCAGACAGGAUUCCAUGAGGGAGCACCACGAGAUUGCAACAACGCUUCCACCAAUUUUCAACCACCAACCCAAUAUGAAAAACAUUCUCCUCCAUGAGUCUCUUCUCACUAAGAACUUUGAAGGAGACCAGCGGUUUUUCAAAGAUGGUGGUCGUACGGAUGCUCACUCAGUCUCCCCAAGACCAUCCUACCCAGAACCUGGAGAUCCACUUUGGUCAACCCAUGUGGUUCCUCAUGAAGAUGCACCAGCUUUCUCUGACAUUGCUACCACUGUCAUGACAACAGUCAGUCCUACCAGUCCUGGAAAGCUAAUCCCCAUGGGCCAAAAUAGGCCAAUCAAGAGAAAGACAGAAGGCAUGGUGGAGGAAUUGGGAGGUCACGCUACUAAACCAUCACAAACUGGACAACAAAGAGUUUCACCAAAGGCUGAACAGUAUGCCAGGGUGGAUUUCACCAAAAAAGACACUCUAUCAUCAGUGAAGGGCAUUAUGGGUAAUCCCGUAGACACUGAUGGAGAUACAACCAUGACAAGCAUCAUUCAUACCACAACGGUAAUCAGCACUAUGAGAGAACAAGGUCAGUGCAGUACGAACUUGACAGACGCUGAAGGCUACAUCGAGAUGCCGCCAAGCUCCGAUUCAUUCGACUCCUCUAUGGAUUGCACCUAUUUUGUAACCGUCUAUCUUGGAUACGGGGUUGAGAUUCAGGUGCUGAACGUGACGCUGGUGGAAGGCGAGAAUGUGGUGCUGGAAGACUUGGGCGGCCUCGAGCCCUCCAUCCUGGCCAACAAGUCAGGGCUGGUUAAGGGGCUAGUGGUGAAAAGCUCAAGCAAUCAGAUCUCCAUCCACUUUACCGGCGAGAAGCGGACGAGGACAGGUUCCCUCCUGCUGCGCUACAGAGCCUUUGUUUUGAGCUGUGCUUUCCCUCAAGCCCUGGCUAAUGGUGAGGUGACUGUGAGCAGUCUUCAUGUAGGAGGGGAGGCCUAUUUCUUCUGCCUAACAGGAUACCAGCUUCAUGGCGUGUCCUCUCUGACAUGUCGCAACGCCACCAUGCCAUACUGGAGCGGCAAAGAGCCCAAAUGUGUCGCCUCUUGUGGGGGGAUGCUAAAAAACGCCACCCUGGGCCGCAUCAUCUCUCCCGGGUUUCCUGGCAACUACAGCAACAACCUCACAUGUCACUGGGUGCUGGAGGCCCCCGAGGGCCACAGGCUGCACGUGCACUUUGAGAAAGUCGCUCUUGCUGAAGACGACGACAGGCUGCUAAUCAAGAAUGGGAACAACAUUGAUUCGCCUGUUGUGUACGACUCUUACGAAGUGGAAUACCUUCCCAAUGAGGGGGUAGUAAGCAUAGGGAGGCAUCUGUUUAUCGAGUUCACCACGGACGAGACGGGUACCUGCACGGGUGCUGCCAUACGAUAUGAAGCGUUUGCCGAGGGAACCUGCUACAAACCGUUCGUUAAAUACGGCAACUUCUCCAGUAACGAUGCGUCGUUCGGAGUGGGCACGGUGGUGGAGUUCUCGUGCGAGCCGGGCUACACGCUGGAGCAGGGCUCUGUCACGAUUGAGUGUGUGGACCCUGAGAACCCACAGUGGAACGAGACAGAACCAGCCUGCCGUGCUGUGUGCAGCGGGGAGAUCACUGAUUCGGCAGGAGUGGUGCUCUCUCCAAACUGGCCUGAAGCCUAUGACAAAGGGCAGGACUGCAUCUGGGGCAUCCAUGUGGAGGAGGACAAGAGGAUCCUGCUGGACAUCCAAGUCCUUCAUCUUGGUAAGAAUGACAUCCUGACAUUUUACGAUGGCGAUGACCUCACCGCCAACAUCCUGGGCCAAUACAGUGGCACUCUACCCAGAUUCAAACUCUACACCUCCAUGGCGGACGUAACUAUCCAGUUUCAGUCCGAUCCGGCCACCAACAUCUACGGCUACAACAAUGGCUUCGUGGUGCAUUUCUUUGAGGUGGCCCGCAAUGACACAUGCUCAGAAUUACCAGAGAUCACGAACGGCUGGAAGAGCACUUCCCACCCGGACCUGAUCCACGGAACAGUUGUGACCUACCAGUGUUACCCGGGCUUCCAGGUGGUCGGAUCGGAGAUCCUCAUGUGCCAGUGGGAUCUGACGUGGAGCGGAGACGUGCCCAGCUGCGAGAAAAUGAUGUUGUGUCAGGACCCAGGCUCUGUAGAACAUGGACGUAGGUUGAUGACGGGUUCUCGCCUCACUGUGGGAUCCACCGUGCAGUACAUGUGUAAUAAAGGCUACACACUCUCAGGUCCGGGUGUGCUCACCUGCUACAGCCGAGACACGGCCGAGCCCAAGUGGAGCGAGAAGAUACCCAAGUGUGUCCCUGAAAAGUACGAACCAUGUGGUAACCCCGGAGCUCCUUCCACUGCUAUUCAGAGCUUGGAGAAAGCCUUCUUCCAGCCUGGAGAGACGCUGAGCUUUACCUGUCGCCCAGGAUACGAGCUUCACGGCGAAGCCACCAUCCGCUGCCUCCCUGGACAUCCGUCUGAGUGGAGUGGUGCGCCGCCUGCGUGCCGGGCUGCUGCAAGAGAUGUUAAUGAGCGCAGAUUGGACGUAAUUAGCACUGACUUUGGGACCGAGGGCACAGACACUGCCAUCGCAGUCUUGCUUCCUGCUGCUGUGGUGCUUCUCGUCAUCCUGGGCAUUUUCCUUUACUUCUCUAAGGUCCAGGGAAAGCCCGAACGCCUCUCCAGCUGCUCCUCGCUUCCCUAUGACAACAUGACGGAGGAAUCGGCGUUCGACAACCCUGUCUACGAGACCGGAGUAAGUAUGGACGCCCUGAACCUGAGAGACGUGGAUUCACAGAACACCGCCGUCCUGUCCUGACCCACUCGUCUUCAUCUGUCCUCCCAUCGCAUCACCAGCAGACGGCAGCAUUCGUGCCGCUUCCAUUUUUAUCCUGAGACUCUGAGUUUGCUUCUAAAAUCUGGCAUUAAUCACCAUGCUCCAGCAGUAAUUAGAAAUACAGAUGUACAGUAGGACUGGCUUUCUGUUGGAAAGACAAUCUCAAAUGCUGAGAAAAAGCUUAAUGUAACACAAUUUGCACAAUCAGAUUAAUGUAAUGCUGUACGGUAAGGUUUUGUUUGUAUAAAAUUAUUUAAAGAACAAAUCACAAACUUCUGAAUUUAUUUACUGUAUAUAUUUAUUUUAUAUUGUAUUAUAAAUGUUUAAGUUAAACCCUGGCCAGGUGAAAAAGGAAAACUGCUUUUAAAUGCUUCCAGAUUCCUGAUAUGAGAACUUCUGAAGUUACCUGUUCCAACCUAUUUAUAUUUUACUCAUUGAUUGUGUAAAUACAAUAAAUACAAAACCAAGAAAAACACAUAAAUGUAUUAGAUACAUACAGUCCUAGUUUUGUUAAUGCAUUAAUGAAGUUCAUGGUUCGUGUUACAUAACGUUUUGAAAAUCUAAGUUAAGGGAAUUUUAAUUGUUUCCAUUAGACCAUAUGGUAGAUUUAUUUGGGGGAAAUUCAUAGACUGUCCAAAAAUGAAAGUCCAAAUGUCAGAAUUCUCAUUUGAGGUGUUCAUUGAGAACCUAAACAAGUCUGUUGCCAUAGAACCUUACAGUGCAUACCUGGACAAAAGGAUCAGAGGACUAAUAUGUGUGUUUGUAAAGGGUUAGAUAGAUCCAGCUUAAUUAUUGUAUUAUUGACCUUGUAUUUACGUGACGAUUAAAGCUAAAAUGCAAAUUGCAAAGAAGCAGAGUGUCAUACCCGACAAUAAGUCAAAUGAGAACCAUAAAAGUGUGACAGAAAUAAGCACUAAAGCUCAAUAUUUUCCACUCAUUGAACACUUGAACUGGAUAAAAUGGAGUUAAUGUAGAUGGGGUGUUUAAGACAAACUGGACUUGAAAUCUCUGGUGACUUAAGGCUUAAAAUAGAUUUUGUAAUGUGCACAUGGAGCAGUGGGAAGUACGAGUAUGUCAGAGUCAUGCAUCGUCUUUCAAAAAAGUUAACAAACUAAAUUAAAGGAGUUCCUUGGAGGCCAGCGUUUCAGACGUGAAGCAGGGACCAAUCAUGACUCUGUCGUACUGAGAAAACUUUCUACCUUGAUGAUAUCCAAGCACUAGUCAAACACUGGGAUAAGUGCAUUAGUGUAACAGGAGAUUAUAAAUGGAGAUUUAACUCUCAUAACUGUGUUCUGUUAUUCUGCACAAUCAAAAGUCCCACUUGUAGAAACAUGAUAACACUUUUGGACACACUCACUUGCCAAAUAAAGAAUUAGAUAUUUUUUUUUAAAACAAGGUUUCAUGUGACUCAUAAUAUGCAUUUUCAGUUUUAUUUAAUGCAUCAAUUUCAUUCCCUGCAUCUUGACGAUCACUGUCUUGUGUCUGUUUCACACCUCGGGGAACGAGCUCGCUUCGAUUACUGCUUUCAUUUCCAUCCUUCCCGUGUAGGUUUUAAUCUGUGUGUGAUGAUGUGAUCUGUGUAUUAACACAUCUCUGUUUCAGACACGACACACAAGCGGGACUGAUUUAUAAUGCUCACGUUCAGAAGGAUUUGAGCGUAAUGAACAAUGGGGUGGUAUCAUGUGAUCUGAAAUAUUUUAUUCUUUUUAUAUCACAGUAAUUUACCCCAAAUUAUA